GUCCGUCUGACCAGACGAUAAGGGUAGGCCAAAAAACUCAAUGCCGACCGGCUUCAGUGUCUACAAAGUCGGGAAAGUGCAUGUGCUGUCUUUCCUAUGACAGGCCCAAGGUAACGUUCCUGGCACAGCGACACCAAGUCAAGGGAGAUGGAAGCUAGCGUCCUGCAAGCACUGGCAUGUUUCGACGGCGCUUGUUUCGUUUUGAUAUGACAUCUGAAAUUAUGCUUUGGGAUCCCUCUACCACGUUCCAUGUGCUAUCGGCAUUCUCUCAACAUUCGGAAGAAAUUGAAUCCAUCUUAGCCGUCAUCAACGGGUUUCUGGGUGCGCUCAGGACGAAGAGUUCCGCCGAGUUCGACAAAUACUGCGUGCGAGCGGGAGGAAUGUCCCUCUGGCCACCGUCACCGACCCUCCCUCGCUUCUGUACGAUUGGAACCUUCGUUGAACAGGUGGUCAAGAUCGAGGAUGAGAUCGAUGAGCGUAUCUGGGACCCUGAAGUGAAAGUGUAUCCUUCGGGUAGCCUGGCCGCCGUCUGGGCCCCUUUCCGGGCAAAGGUCAACGGUGCUGUGCAUCAUGUCGGCGUUGAGCUCUUCAUACUUCACAAAGUCAGCAAUACAUGGAAGGUGACUGGAGUGGCUGAUUCGUGUCGAGAACCGACUGAGGAGGAAAAGAUCUGGCUGCCUUGAACGGGCGGCAUUCGAGGAUAGCGGGAAAGUACUGAGACGCGAAGGGCCCGUCCGAUUGAGAGAAAAGACUGAAAGGGGGGAAGUUGCUUGUCUGGGAAUUGCAUGGUUUCAAGUUGUCUCAGACUCAAGAGGCUCGCAGCCAACCCCUUCUCAUAUGGUGGAGGGUUUCACACAAAAUCAAGAACAUCCAAUCAACCUCCCAUUUAAUGAUGAUGUU